GACAGCAACAACCCCAAACAGCACCUUACUCAACUCCAAUUUUGACGUGGCGAGCUAUUAUUGGGUUGAUUACACUACAGCGGUGUCAUCAAACAAAAGAGUGAGUCACAAAACGAGUCGAGUAGCAACACAGAUCGAUCCCUCAUCUUCCUCAUCACAAAAUUAGGGUUUUGAUUAAAGAAGCCCCAAUCUUCAAAAAAUGAGACUGAUCUUAUGGCGCGCCAUACUUCUAUCAAUUCAUCUAUUCAACGUCGUCGUUUCAUCCGAUCAGAUCUUCCCAGCUCAUACAGGUGGAUCAUUUAGUCGUAGCUCCCGCGAACCAAAUUACGGAAUUGAGUUUCAUUCUCCAGACUUACCUUUUCAUCCUGAUGAUGAUCAGGAAUCUGUGAUCAUGCCCGGAAAAGAUGGGCAGAAAUUUAUAUGUUUCUUGCCUAAAGUGGAGAAAUCGAAGAGUGAAAAGCCAAUUAGUCAGCAGAACACUAGUAGUGUAAUUGUGGGGACUGAGAAGCGCUUAAAACCAAAGACGCCAGAUGAGCUUCUUGAAGUUUUGAAGGACCGAUGUUUUAUCAGACAAGAGGGGUGGUGGUCCUAUGAAUUUUGUUAUCAAAAGAAGUUGAGGCAGAUACAUUUAGAGGAUGACAAGGUAGUUCAAGAGUUUGUUUUGGGUGUGUAUGAUGAUGAAGCUACAGCUGCUUACAACCAAAAUCUCUCUGACAUUUCCACGCUGAAAGAUCCUCGCUCCAAAGAUGCAUCACAAAGGUAUCACGCUCAUCAAUACACAAAUGGAACUAUGUGUGAUCUCACUAACCAACCUCGGGAGACGGAGGUGAGAUAUGUUUGCUCUGAACCUAGAGCUAUGAUUAGCUCUAUCACUGAGUUAGCCACUUGCAAGUAUGCGCUCACAAUCCAAGGCCCAAUGUUAUGCAAGCACCCAUUGUUUCAGGAGGAAAGACCGGUGUGGCAUAAUAUUAACUGUAAUCCACUUCCAAAAGAUUACACAGAAUCCAAAGUGGAGGAAGAUAGUUAUCAACCGGAGAAGAUAACCAUGGUCACAGACAUAUAAUAUUUGUAAAACUUACAAAUUAGAGCUUACAUUACAGGAGCAUAUGCGUAAAGAGGCUGUAGCAAAUUUAAUUGCUUUGUACUCCACAUGGGGUUAGUGUCUGCGUUGUUACUGCAGUAGUUGAUUUUUCGCUCAUUAUCACUUCAACAUGGUUGGGGACAAGAUAAUUCAUCAGUCCUAUAAAGCUUAUACAAGGCUAAACCCUAAUGUAGUUCGUGUAUAUAAAAAUUAUACAGCUGCACAAUCGAGAACUCCAAGAGUUGUAUAAGACGGUCAUAUGAUGCAGCGACAGUCUAGAUUGUAACUUUCUUAAUAUGAUGUUUGAACCUUUUUGUUGUA